GUCAAUGCAUUGCCAUUUAAUACAUACAUACAUACAUAUAGCGCGAGUGUGUAGUGCUUAUAGCGUUACACAACUAUUGCCUCACACUAUCUCUGGUAUAAACUCUAUAACUAUAACACUAUAACACGUAAUCUUUAAGUUUAGUGUAUUUGUGUUGUGUUUAUCAUUACUACUAUAAUAUUACUGCUUAACGAUUGUAGCGCUUGUAGUCAUCGAUUGCGUAAAACGCCGUCAACUGUGUUGUGAAGGCAUUACCUACGGGUGGUAAGGGCUGGUAGUGUAGUGUAUGUGUGUAUGUAUUAAGUGUUGGUUGUAUUCACUCGACUGACUCUAAAUAUAUUUCUAAGUCUUGGCUCUUCUCAAUAAUACCAGAGCCCAUACACUACAGCGCCAGUGAACCGUCGACACUGACUCCCUGUGUCCGAUAGCACUGACGGAUCGACUCUGUGUUUACUAUUAAGCCAUAUGUCAGUGCUUUUUGGCAAACAUAUUGUCAACCGUUUGAAGAACUUCUUCGACAACUACUGACAAGUGUAACGACGAGAGAGUUCAUUGUCGGCGUUUGCUGUGAUCACCGGCGAGUAGAGGCCAUCAUCGGUGAAGAAAUAGAGAAAUAGCCACCAAAUUGUGAUCGACAAACACCGCGACAUCGAUUGAAAUCAACAUAACUUAAUAUAAGUGGUGGACAACUGUUGACUGAAGUGUUUUCUGAAAAGUGUCGGAUGUUUUUUGUGAUAUCAUAUUAAUAUAUCUUUCGUGUAAUCAAAAGACAAUGAGUAAGUUAUUAGAAGACAUGAAUGUCAGCGACGAGUUUCAUAUGUCGUCAAACAGUCUUAUGUCGACAUUCGAUGCCAAUCUCGACGACGACGAUAUGGCCUUCGAGUUCUCACAGAUGGUGGACAACAAUGACCCGUGGAUUGGCAACGGUGUCAUCGAUAGUAUCAAUAUGUUUAGCGGCCAAAUGUUUGACGAAGACUUCAAUACAGAUUCAAGCAAAUCUAGUGUCUCAUUAAGUCCCGAACCUGUGAAUAUCAAAUGUGAGGUCGAAAUCGACAAUGAGAUAGAAAUCAAUAGUGACGAUUUCAAUGACUGUAAUGUGGAUUCACCGGCCAGUUAUACAGAAAGCACAGGCAGUAGUUCAUCGUCUACUACACACCACCAUCACAACAGCGACAGUAGUAGUAAUAAUAAUAUUAAUCACAACACCACCAAUGGUAUAGACUUUUCCAAAGUCGUCGUUCUGAACGCACAGAACAUUAAGAAAGAGCCCAAAGAGUACACAAGCGGCACAUCCAGUACGAAGUCGUCACCGAAAACAUCGCCCAAAAGCCGGACGCCAAGGAAUAUGAAAAUCACAGAUUUGGUUCUAACCGAUGAAGAGAAACGAUUACUCGCUAAAGAAGGUUACCACGACUUCCCGUCUGGAACUCUCCCUCUUACCAAACAUGAGGAAAAAAUUUUGAGAAAAAUUCGCCGAAAGAUCCGCAACAAAAAGUCGGCCCAAUGUUCACGACAACGAAAGAAGGAAUACUUGGAAGACCUCGAGAGGCGGUUUGAUGAACGAAAUCACGAGAACGAACUUCUCAAGAAAGAAGUGAUUAAACUGAAGAAAGAAAACGACACACUAUUGGUUAAGAUGAAGAAGAUUCUGUCGAUGAACGGACCGAACGCAUCAUUCAAGUCAUCGUUUUUUGUCAUAAUUCUUAGUUUCCUAUUGAUUCUCGUGCCUUACUUUAGACCCGAUGUGGAAGAGUACGGUCUCAACGAGAAAGAUGUGGUGGGAACGGGUCGUCAUCUGUUAGCGACAUUAGCGGGUGAUAGUCAUCAUGAGUUUGAUAAUACAAACGACACUAUUAUAAAUAUGACGACAAAAAUGUUUAGUGAUUUUUAAAUUAAUUAAAUUAAAUAUAAAUUAAAAAAUUAAUAUUUAUAUACACAUUUUAACAAACAAACAAACAAAAAAAAG